CGCGAAAGGCAACGUAAAGCGCCGCUCUGAGGCGAAAGGCCCGGCCCGGCCUAAGUUGAAUGGAGGGCGAGGAGGAGGCGGCGGCGGCCGGCGGUGGGGGCAGCAGCCGGGGAGGAGGAGCCGCCGCUGCCGCCCCUCAGCGUCGUCGCCGUGGUUCUCCUCUGAGCGGGCGGAAAGGCCAGCCAUGUUGCUCGCGGCCUGGCUGGCCAAGGGCGGCGCCUGCGGCCUGCGGUUCCUGAGGGGCGCCAGCCCCGCCAGGGCGCGCCGGGGACUCCUCUACCGGGCGCCGCUCGCCGCCGCCGCCGCCUCCCCUCACCGCCUGCUGCGCCCCACGGGCUCCCGGCAGCAGCAGCUGCUGGCCUGGGCUUGGCCGCGACGCGAGCGGGCCAGCUGCGGGGUCGGAGGGCCGGCGGGGAACUCGGAGCGCGGCGCCGGGAAAGCCAGGCCUCCCCGCGGAUACGCCGAACUGUAUGAAAACCCCUGGACAAUUCCUAAUUUACUCUCAAUGGCAAGGAUUGGCCUGGCACCGGUUUUGGGCUAUUUGAUUGUUGAAGAAAAUUUCAAUAUUGCAUUGGGUGUAUUUACUCUGGCUGGAAUAACAGAUUUGUUGGAUGGCUUUAUUGCACGAAACUGGGCCAACCAAAAAUCUGCAUUGGGAAGUGCCCUGGACCCUCUGGCCGAUAAAGUUCUCAUCAGCGUCCUGUACAUUAGCCUGACUUGUGCAAAUCUUAUUCCAGUUCCUCUUACAUCUAUGAUCAUUUUAAGGGACAUUGCAUUAAUUGCUGCUGUUUUUUACGUGCGAUACAGAACUCUUCCUCCACCAAGAACACUUAGUAGAUAUUUCAAUCCAUGUUAUGCCACUGCUCAGUUAAAGCCAACGUUUAUCAGCAAGAUGAACACGGUAGUCCAGCUCAUCUUAGUGGCAGCUUCUUUAGCAGCUCCGGUUUUCAAUUAUGUGGACAGUAUGUAUCUUCAGACCUUAUGGUGCAUCACAGCUUUCACAACAACAGCAUCUGCUUACAGUUACUAUCAUUAUGGCCGAAAAACAGUUCAGGUACUAAACAGCAAAUGAAGGCUCUGAGUGAGUUGCUUACUUCCUGCUCAGUUUGUGCUGGAAUGGCCUUGCCUGCAUUAUAUUUGUACUAUGGAUAAAGAACACUUUUUGAUAGCUUUGUCUCAGUGGAAUCCAUGUCUUCACAUUGAAGCUAAUCGGAAGUUAAAAUGAAGUUUUGAUCAUGUAAAUAUGCAGAAUUUUCAAUAUACUUUUUUCAAUUUGUUACAAAUAAAAUAUAAUUUUUUACCUUAA